AAACAACAAUAGAGUGCAGAGGAGGAGAAUAUCAAAAGUUCCAAAUAAAGCAAGGAAACCUCUAAAGCAUCAAAGAAGAGCACUAGAAAGAGACCAAGAAAAAAUAUUGCACAAAAGGUAAAGAAGUGUGCACAAGAGAGAAGCAAACGGAGAUUAAUAGUGGAUUCUGAUUCAGACUUUGUGAACUGUGAAUCGUCUGACCCUGAAUUCACCAUCUCUGAAGAAGAGAGAGAUCAAGAUAGUACAGCGAAUAAAAUUUGUAGAGACCUAAUGUAUAAAUCAAGGAGUCCACCUUCAAAGAAUCCACCACGAGGAAAAAACAGAUAACCUCAGAAGAAGCCAUCACUAAGAAAGGAGAAGGAAAAGGUAGUGAUAGAGGAGAUCAAGAAGAGUGAAGAAGUGAAUCAGAAUUGUGGAAUUUGUUUGUCUGAAGAAGGAAAGAAGACAAUCCGUGGAACAUUGAAUUGCUGCAGUCACUUCUUCUGUUUUGUGUGCAUCAUGGAGUGGUCAAAAGUUGAGUCUCGGUGUCCCCUCUGCAAGCAAAGAUUUGUAACAAUCACAAAGGCUUCAACUAAAUCAAGUGCGGGAUUCAAUUCAAGGAUUGCGGUGAUUCAAGUACCUGACCGUGAUCAAGUUUAUGUACCAUCUGAGGAAGAGCUCGGGGAUUAUCUUGAUCUAUACGAAAAUAUUUUAUGUACUAAAUGUCAACUAUGUGUUUAGAUUUAUAAGGGCCUGUUUAUUUUUAUAAUCAAGUGUUUCUCUCUUAUGCUUGCAGAAGUGUUAGCUACUUAGAAUUUACUUAGAGCUUCUAUGCUCUAACUCCUGCAUUUUGGAAGCUAGACGUGGAUAUGUUGUGUGUGCAUAUAUGAUACCGAGUAGUACUACUUACUCCCUCCCUACGGAGUAAUAAUAUUAUUUAUGAAUUGAUAGAAAUACCCAUAUUGAUUUUUUAUGUGUUAAAAUGAGCAUGAAAAAGUGAGAUCUAAAUGAUAGGUAGCUUUGAGUCGGUCCAAAAUUGGAAUAUUGUGUAUAAAAGAAUUUUCAAAUUUUGUAUUUUUAUCCUGUGUUAUUCGUAUUAAACAUUGUUUGAUGAAAAAUAUUACAAGCAUUAGUAUUAUGACUAUUAUCCCUGAUAAUAACUGUGUCAAGCGAAGUAGAUUUACAUAUCUUGAAAUCAAUAGUGUUGACCUCU